AUGGAUACAUCCGAAGAAUCCCCAGCUGACAAUAGCCUGGAGAAUAGUAUUGUGGUGGAUCUAAAGCUUGCCAACGGUGCCGAUGAGCUGGCGAGUAAUGGCAGCCCCAACUUGAAGUUCGAGAAGUCCCACAAUCGGAAGACGUUUAUGUGCAACUUUUGUCACAGAGAGUUCUCGACUUCCCAAGCAUUAGGAGGCCACCAGAACGCGCACAAACAAGAGCGUGCUAUAGCCAAGCACGGCCACGGGAGCACCUCUGGCUAUACAUACUACGCCUACCCAGGCUUUUACGGAUCUUUUAAUAAUAAGCCGCCACUUGGUAUUAUUAAGUCCGAGUCAAUGAUUCACAAACCCUACCGCUAUCAACCUCCUUGGCCACCCUCAUCUGGGCCCUACGACUAUCGGUUAGGACACGAGAAGGUGUCUAGGGCUUACUUGUUAGGCCCACCGUCAUUAGGGCCGUACGAUAAGUUGACAAUGGAGAAAAUUCGUUCGGCGGUUCAAAUUGGUGGCGGAGGGUCGAGUGCGGGUCUCAAGUUAGAACUUAACCUGAACCCUAGCGUUAAUCCUGGUGCAACGACCCAAGGCAAUGAUAAUCGACGGCAAAGAUUGGGGAAUGCCGGCGGUGGAAACAAUCAAAUGGAUGAAUCGGGGAUUGAUUUGGAUCUAAAGCUUUAA